AUGUUGACCAGCUCCCUCACUCUCGCCGCCCUUGUCGGGGCGGCUGUGGCUUCGCCUCUCAGGAGAAGCAAUCUAACCGACAGCGCCUACGUGGACUUGGGAUAUGAGAUCCACACGGGCACAACAAAUUCGUCUGGAGGCUACUACAUCUUCUCCAAUAUACCUUAUGCAGAGCAGCCUACCGAUGACCUGCGCUUCCACACGGUGGGCCUCCCCCAGGGGAACAGCUCUGCUGUCAACGAUGGCUCGACAGAUGUGAUGUGCAUGCAAUCGUACCCUAUGUGGAUUAUCGAGCUCACGGCUCAGUCGUACAACGUGUCGGUCGAGGUGAUGGAGCAGAUCCUACUUUCCCAGGCAGGACAGACAGAGGCCUGCUUGGUUCUUGACGUUUACGUGCCGGAGAAUGUCUUCAAGCAGAAUGCGACAGCGGCAGCACCCGUCCUGGUGUGGAUUCACGGUGGUGGCUUUACAUCCGGAUCCAAGCUUUCGACUGGCAAUCCGGCUGGCAUCAUCGCACGCUCGAAAAUCAAUGACGAUGAGGGCGUCAUUUUUGUGUCAAUCAACUAUCGCUUGGGUCUGUUCGGUUGGCUUGGAGCUGGCGGCAUUACACCCAACCUUGGUCUCUACGAUCAACGUACCGCUUUGGAAUGGGUUCAGAAAUACAUCGGUCGCUUCGGAGGAGACCCAGCUCGUGUUACUACGAUUGGUGAGAGCGCGGGUGCAACGAGCAUUCUUCACCACAUCACAGCCUACGGCGGAGAGGGCGAGCUGCCCUUUGCUCAGGGCAUCAUCCAGUCUCCGGCUUUCCAGUUCAACCUCAAUUCAACGAGCGCCUACGAAGCCACUCUGACAGAAGCGACAAAUGUCACUGGAAAAGCCAUCACCAACGCAUCACAGCUCGCUUCCCUGGACUCCGAGACGCUGAAAGCCAUCAACUUCGGCGCGGUCCUAGCAGCACCGCAAGGCCAGUUCACCUACGGACCGGCCCCUGACGGUACCUACGUGCCCGCUCUGCCCCAGGUCCUCCUCGCCAAGGGCAGGUUCCACUCCAACGUCAACGUGAUGGCGGCACACAACUCCCUCGAAGCCGCGCCCUUCGUUCCCUCUACGAUCGCCAGCGAAGCCGACCUGAUUGCAGCGCUCACAGCCAGCUUCCCCGAGAUCGCGAACAUAUCGGACGUCCUCAACACGCUGUACCCGGCGUCCGCCUACCCGAACGCCUUCCUCCGCGGCGUGCAGUUCAUCGGCGACGUCGACUUCAGCUGCACGACGCGGUACCUGGCCCUCGCGCUCGACAACCAGACGCACAACUACAUUUUCGCCGUCCCGCCGGGAUACCACGCCCAGGACACGGCGUACACAUUCUUCAACGGCGACACUACCACCCUCAACGACGGAGUUGCUGUCGAUGCCGGCCUGGCGAAUGCGCUGCAGGAUUAUAUCGUUGGCUUUGCGGCUACGGGCGUGCCGAGUGAUAACCCUGCCGGCACGGCGCUGGAGUUCCCCGUCUAUGGGGAGGAGGCGGCGGUGGUUGAGAUUACCUCUGACGGGCUUGUUGUUGGGACGGAUAAUAUGGCUAAUGAGAGGUGUGCUUGGUGGCAGCAGGCUAUGGUUGACGGGACUGUAUAG